AAGUGAUGCGCCUGCCGGGAAGAUGGCGGCGACGGCGACUAUCUCGUCCUCAACCACGGCCUUGGCCACGGCGACAGCGACGGCAGCGGCCCUUGGGGAGGUGGAGGAUGAAGGGCUCCUGGCAUCGCUGUUCCGGGACCGCUUUCCCGAGGCCCAGUGGCGGGAACGGCCCGAUGUGGGCCGCUACCUCCGAGAGUUGAGCGGCUCGGGGCUGGAGAAGCUGCGGCGCGAGCCCGAGCGCCUGGCUGAGGAGCGGGCGCAGCUGCUGCAGCAGACGCGCGACUUGGCCUUCGCCAACUACAAGACUUUCAUCCGCGGCGCCGAGUGCACCGAACGCAUCCACCGCCUCUUUGGCGACGUGGAGGCGUCGCUCGGCCGCCUGCUCGACCGCUUGCCCAGCUUCCAGCAGAGCUGCAGGAACUUUGUGAAGGAGGCCGAGGAGAUCAGCUCCAACCGCCGGAUGAACACUCUGACUCUAAAUCGGCACACGGAAAUCCUGGAAAUCCUGGAGAUUCCUCAGCUUAUGGACACCUGUGUGCGGAACAGCUAUUAUGAAGAGGCUCUGGAGCUUGCAGCCUAUGUACGCCGACUGGAAAGGAAGUACUCCUCCAUCCCUGUCAUCCAGGGCAUUGUGAAUGAAGUGCGCCAGUCUAUGCAGCUGAUGCUGAGCCAGCUGAUCCAGCAACUGAGGACCAGCAUCCAGCUCCCUGCCUGCCUCCGUGUCAUUGGCUACCUGCGGCGCAUGGACAUCUUCACUGAGGCCGAGCUGAGGGUGAAGUUUCUUCAGGCCCGGGAUGCUUGGCUCCGUUCCAUCCUGACUGCCAUUCCUAAUGAUGAUCCCUAUUUCCAUAUCACAAAAACCAUUGAGGCCUGCCGUGUCCAUCUCUUUGAUAUCAUCACCCAGUACCGUGCCAUCUUCUCAGAUGAUGACCCACGGCUGCCGCCUGCCAUGGGUGAGCACACCGUGAACAAGAGUGCCAUCUUCCAUGGCUGGGUGCUGCAGAAAGUCUCACAGUUCCUGCAGGUGCUGGAGACCGACCUUUACCAGGGGAUAGGCAGCCGCCUGGACACUCUGCUGGGCCAGUGCAUGUACUUUGGGCUGUCCUUCAGCCGGGUGGGGGCUGAUUUCCGGGGCCAGUUGGCUCCUGUUUUCCAGCGGGUAGCCAUCAGAACUUUCCAGAAAGCAGUUCAGGAAGCAGUGGAGAAAUUCCAGGAUGAAAUGAACUCUUACACCCUCAUGUCAGCUCCAGCCAUCCUGAGCAGCAGUACUAUGCCUGCUGCUGUGUCAGCCACUCAGCCAGGGACCCUGCAGCCACCAAUGGUGCUCUUAGACUUCCCACCCCUUGCCUGUUUCCUCAACAAUAUUCUGGUUGCCUUCAACGAUCUGCGCCUCUGCUGCCCUGUGGCUUUGGCACAGGACGUGACUGGGACCUUGGAGGAAGCCCUUGUCAAAGUAACCAAAAUAAUCCUGGCCUUUCAUCGUGCAGAAGAGGCCGCCUUCAGCAGUGGGGAGCAAGAGCUCUUUGUCCAGUUCUGCACUGUCUUCCUGGAAGACCUUGUCCCUUAUUUAAAUCGCUGUCUCCAAGUCCUUUUUCCACCAGCUCAGAUAACACAGACUUUAGGCAUUCCACCCACUCAGCUCUCCAAGUAUGGAAACCUUGGGCAUGUGAACAUGAGCGUUAUCCAGGAGCCUCUAGCCUUUAUCCUGCCAAAGAAAGAGAUGGUCUUUCCUCUGGAUGAAAAGGAGCUGGUACCUGAGCUCAGAGCUCCAGCACCGGAGCUUGCCGACGAGGAGCCUUCAAGCCUCGAGCCUGCCACUGCAGCUCACCUUGAGGGUGGACAAGAGGAGGCAGAAUCCAGGGAGCCGCUGCAGGGGCGGCCGGCCAGUGUGAGCCCUUAGCC